UUGUUUCUCGUUCUGCUCCAUUUUUCAUCCUUCGACAUCUCAUUAUAUCCCUUUUCGUUUAUGUAUUUUAUGUCUAGCGUGAGAAAUGUGAAGGCCUAAUGACAAAGACUAAUUAUUCGCCACCUAUAUUCCCCGUAUUCGGUGAGUUUCGUAUCUGUCGCAUUUAUAUCGGGACGUUACAUAACCCCACCACAGAAGCUUUCUGCGAUAUUUAAACCGCCGGGAUAAAAUGCGCGGGCACGCGUACAACGACGAGGAUAUUUUACGUAUGUAGCCGGCGCAUGUCACUUGGCUGAUUAUGUUAUCAUCAUCCCCGAGCCCUGCGUCGAUAAUACACGUCACGAGUUGUUGGUUAAAGCGAGGUUAAUCGGAGCUCCUCCUGAUACAGUGAAAUAAUUGAGCCGUUCGCUUUUAACAUGGUGGAUAUCGAACGCUUCUCGUGUUCACAGAUAUUUUUUAUAUCAGCGGAGUUAAUCGGCGAUAAUCAUCAUCGAUAACGAUGACGAUCGACGGGGAGGCUGGAGGGCCGGAGGACGCCGGUGAUGACGACUUCACGCCGGGUAAUAAUAACGUUAUGCCGAUGAUUUACACGAUCGAUCGCGCCGAGCCGAAUAGCUCCGAGGAGUCGGCUACCGCGGCUGGCUACGUUUAUCGGGCUGCCGACAACGACACUUCCGGUUCGGGCGAGACCGAGGUCAACCUCCUGCUGGCCGGUACCAACGGACAGAGCGCCACAGUGACGAUCGAUGCGUCGAUCGGCAAGCCGAGAAGAACCGACGAAUUAGUACAGACGCGAACGAUGCGGACGAUGGAUCACGACAAGAGCUCGAACGGGCCCGAGGAGGGUGCCGGUGGGACGACCAGGCCGACGGCGGCAGACCCGCCGGACGGCGGUCUCAGGGCCUGGAUGAUCAUGAUCGGCAGCUUCGCGAUCAACGGCGUGAUCUUCAGCAUCAUCAACACCUACUCCCUCAUCUACAUAGAGCUGCAGAGGCGACUGACGGAGGCCGGCGAGAGCGAGGUGUCUUCCAAAGCAGCGUUGGUAGGUUCGCUGACCAUCGGAACCACGUUCAUCCUGUCACCGGUCGCCGGUAUACUUACGGACAAAUUCGGCAUCCAGAUAACCACCUUCGUGGGAGGCGCGAUUGCAUCCGGUGGGCUGCUUCUUUCCUCACUGAUUGCGGAUAAGGUGGAACUACUCUAUUUAACAUAUGGCGUAAUGUAUGGUCUCGGCGCAAGUCUCGCUUACACUCCAAGCCUGGUGAUUUUGGGUCAUUACUUCAAGAAAUAUAUGGGACUGGUGAACGGCAUCGUUACGGCCGGUAGCUCCAUAUUUACGACACUUAUCCCGUACCUGAUAGAGUUCCUGCUGCGGCGUUUCGGGCUGGAGGGAACGCUGAGGAGCCUGGCUGCGCUCACCGCACUUAUUAUGGCUUGCGCAAUACUUUUCAAGCCGAUACCAGUAAACGUGCCGCAAGAAGACGAAAGACCGAAAUCCAAGGCACGAAAUUGCAUGAAAGAAAUCGUAAACGUGUCCAUUUGGAAACGGAAAAGAUACGUCUUAUGGGCCAGUUCUAUUCCUCUUGCUCUCUUUGGAUACUUUGUCCCAUACGUUCACAUAGGAAAGUUUGUGGCUAUGACGUUCAAGGACGCUGAUGGGAAACUGCCGGUGAUGUGCAUCGGCAUCACCUCCGGCAUCGGUCGUCUGAUUUUCGGCUAUAUCGCUGACUUGCCGAAAGUGAACAGAAUACUGUUACAACAGAUAUCGUUUAUAAGUAUCGGCAUUCUUACGAUGCUUCUUCCGGUCACCAAGUCCUUCGUCGUGUUGCUGGUCAUCUCCCUUGGCAUGGGAUUAUUCGACGGAUGUUUCAUAUCGCUGCUCGGCCCUAUCGCCUUUGACAUUUGCGGCCGCAAUGGCGCGACCCAGGCCAUCGGCUUCCUCUUGGGGAUGUGCUCGAUACCUUUGACGGUCGGUCCGCCAAUCGCCGGACUCCUGUACGACCACACCGGCACCUACGAUCUGCCUUUCCUGUUAGCCGGCGUCCCCCCGAUCGUGGGGGCGUUAACGAUGUUCCUCAUAAGAUGUGUGAAAGAAGACGACGACAGAACGAUGAGCGACCCUUGCCCGGAGAAUCCUCCGACUAAAGCGGAUUGCCAGAAUGACAAGAUGAAAAGUAAUGAUCUUUCAUCAGUAUUCAAGGUUGAUAUCAAGCAAGAAAAGGUGUUAGAAACACAAGGAAAGUCGACCGGAAAAAACAUGCAAUUAUCUUGGUACAGAUGUCAAGAUAUCAAGCAGGACGAACUGGAGCAUUGCAAAAAUUAUGACAAGAUCAACGUUCACUGUAGGUAUUCGGAAAGCGUACCUUUGCUCCAUCACGGAAAAACCUCGCAAUAUCCGCGCACGAAUCUCUUCGAACGAGCGACGCGAUCAUCGAUACUCCUGACGUUUUGAUCGGGCGAAAGAGAUUCGGUCGCACCACAAGCAUGUCAUUGUUUUAAGAUAAUGUUGCAAUAUUGAUCACAUCACGUCCAUUUUUUCUGUUGAUUAAUUAAACGGGAGUUACGGGAUGCAUUUUUAUUAAUCUAAUAACGAUUUAUUUACUCGCGCAGGAGGAAAAUUCACAUGCGAGCAUGAUUUUUUAUUUAUUCAUGAACGAACACGCAUUGAUCCCGUAUAUGCGGUGUCUAUCGUGCCACUCUUGCGUAGCCUAUAAUAAUUUAUAUAAUUAUUAUAAUUAUAUCAUACAAUAUUCUUCAUGAGAAAAUGUGGUCUACGAUAAAUCAAUCAGCAAUAUAUGAAAAUAAUAUUAAACAUACAGUGAAAAAAGAAAAAGAGAGAGUGUGUGUGUGUGAUGCGCGUGCGCAUGUGUGUAUGUGUGUGUCUCUAUAUUACGUUAAAGAAAAGUUAUGAAGAUUAAUAAUUUAAUUUUCUUAAAGAAUCGGGCAACUAUAUUGAUCCUACGACGUCAUAAAACCAAUAUAGCUGUCCGAGAGAAUCGAGCCUUAAAGUAGUCUCGGGAUAUUGUUGAAAAAUAUUAUUGAAAAAUUUAAUCAUGUAACAGAAAGAAAGAGUCGAAUAAUUGAGACAAAAUAACAAUUCAAUAAGCAAAUUGACUGUAGAUUGACCGAAAAUUUGAUCAGAAUCUUACAUCAAAACUAUAUCCAUCUGUAUUCAGCUUGUAUUUUUGUUAGGUUGUUAAAAUCCAGUGUUAGAUUUGUUACUUUUUUGCCAUCAAAAAUUUGUACCAGGCUCUGUUCGAAGUCUGCGAAGUUGUGCAGGUUUGGCUAUUUAAUGUGUAUUUUAAAAUGCAAUCUAGUAGUAGAAUGUUAUUUCACGAGACAACUACCUUGGUAUGGUUGGUAGGAUUUUAAAUUAAAAUCUUGAUUUAUACACACGAUGUUUUUCAUUCGCCAUGAAAUUUCUUAAAAUGAAAAUCGGUUUUAGAAUAGAUAAAUACACAAUAUACAACACUGUGGACAAACCCAUAGUGAGGAAUGUGCGUAUGUUCAAGUCCGUCUGACAACUAAUCUGAUACGGGCUUUGAAAAAUUAAAAAUCCGACGAUACCAAAGAAUUUCGUCAUUUUAGAAUGUGUAAAUUACUGUUGUAGCAAUUUUGUAGCGUGUUGCAUGAUGCGUACGUAGCUAGUUUUGGAAAAACGUACUUACCGAAACGGUGAAUUUUAAUUUUCCAAUUAUAGAUCAAGACGUAGCGAAAUAUCGAGUAAGAAUAACAUCCUUGAAGACAAAAUGAAGCACAGUGAACACCAACUAACGGUGACAUAACAUCAGUGUUACAAUUUUCCGUUCAACAAUAUAAAUAUAACGUGUGUGUUAUGUAACAUUGUUAAAUGAGAAGUUAUAACAUUGAUGUUACGUUAUCGUUAGUUGAUGUUCACUGAGCACGUAUUAACCACAGUCGUAUAAAAGAUGCCACAAUCACCGUGUAAUAUUAUAAUAGCGUAAUCGUGCAAGUAUUAUUACUUCGUUUAGAAUGUGCCUAGUAGAUCAUAGCAGGACGCUGUCACAAACAACGAUUGUCGAAGUGUUCUAAAUUUCGCUGUAGAUUUUCCUCAAAACUGUGAGGAUUAGCUAGCUCUUUAACAUGGAGUCUUGGGUCUGAGAAUUCGAGGAAAUAAUCGUUACUAUAUGAAUUACGUUUUUCCAAAAUCGCUUGCGUGAGUACGAGCGUAACGCGUUUGCGACAAAUUGUAUAUCAUCGCGCGCGAGUCUAACGAAAUUAUUUUAGAUAAUAAUAUUCAGAACUUGUUGAUUUUCUCUAUUCGAUAGUAGCACUAAAUUGUUAGUCAAUGAUAGACACAGGCGCGCGAAGCGCGUGUUGAGCUUUUCUGAUGCCUCGAUGUUCGCGAUAGCGUAUACAUCUUCGUAAUUACAGGGUACAAAUUAAAACUUAGAUUCGAUAGUUACAAAUCGCAAAGGAUCGUAAGCACGAUUAAUGAUGCACGACAUUUAUCUCAUGUCGUCAUGCCAGUAGAAUGAUUACCGAAUAUCGGCAAGGUAAGCGACAAAUGAGUGUAUGUCGAGAAAUUAUUAAGAUUGUGUACAAAUCUAUUUUUUUUAUUCUCCACGAGAGAGUCGAUUUUUGUGUAUGUGCAUUAUUAAUUAAAAUUUAUCACGUGUGCAAUAUAUAAUUGGUGAAGUGAAGGUGAACAAAAAAGAAAGCGAGUCAUUUACAUUAGUCAAAUCUUUUUUAUCACUCACAAUCGAAGGAAAAAAUAACUUGUAAACAAUUAUUUUGUUAAUCUGUACAUAUAAUAAUUUUAUUAUAUUGAGUUAUCAUAUUCCUGUGAUACUUAGCUCACCUUUUAACAGGAAAAAAUCUGCUGUUUUGUACAUACAAAUCCUUCAUAAUGCAUAUUGAUAAUGGUUGAUAAAUGAAAUGAAAUAUUGUCUCCCAAUUACAUUUGUAAUAUGUAAAUGUGAGAAAGGGCAGCAUUUAAUUGAUUGUAAAUUUUGCCAGAAUCAAUACCUCAUCCGGAUAGAGCAUUUAUUUUUGUAAUUUUUAAUGGUUAGUUAUAGAAAUUUCAUCACGAUUGCAUUGUAUGAUUAUUACGCUACCGCCUGAUUGUCGUUUGUGUUAUGAAGAGGAUCUGCGUUUGUACGAAUUAUUUCAAUAGUAUUUCGAUAUUGCGUGCAGAUGAACUGUAUGAUGAUUUUGAAGUGGAAGAGACGAAUUUUUGUGAAGGAAUGGUUUAAUUGUCAGUACACACGAUCGUUGUCGUACGAUUAAUUUAUAACUAUUUUAUAUAUAGAAAAAUAUCUUUUUUUGGAAAGUAUCAAUUUCUUGUAAAAUUUUUUUUAUGUAAGUAAAUGAUAAGCAAAGACAUAUAUCAAAUUGAAUAUUUGUAUAGGAAAAGAGGAGCUACGUCACAGAUACGAUGCUCAUUAUUUUAUAUAAAAAGUGAAAAUGUCAUGUAUGAUGAUAUGCCGACACGUGAGGAAAGUAAUCCCAAGUAUUCAUUUGAAA